AGAUCGGCUCAAUGCCCAAGCCUUGAACAAGUCGCCAAGGCCUUUCCAUAAACAUGUGUUGAAGCCGUUCCUCAAGCCAUGAGAAACGGUAAGUGGCGCCAUGGGCGUGGUGCGAUUUGGUGCAUGCUGCUUGCCUGUGGUGUUGGGUGCUUCGUUGCACCAGCACGUGUGGGGUUGUACAGAGUGCGCCCGCAACGAUGCCAAGCAUGCCUCUGCCUGUCGCUGAAGAAUGUGAGCUUUUGGGAAGUUGCCGGUGCGGCAGCCAAUGCGACCAACAGCGCAACAGGUUCAUACCUCGAAGAGGUCAACCGUACAGCCACAAAGUUUCUGCAGAGCAGAGCUGCAGUAGAUCGUGAGGAUGCUGUUGCCAACCUCAGCAAACACAUGACAAUACAAGGUAAGCUUUGCCUCGUGCUUGGGGGUAGAAACCUGGGCAAAACAUUGCUCAAGGAAAAAGCUAUUUCCAGACUAAAGGCAAAUGUAAACAUCCUUUCGGUCGACAUGCGGGACGCAGACAUGCUGGGCAAGGGUUUGAUGACAGCACUCGACUUGCAACGGCAGAAUUCCCUUGGGUGGGCACGUUUGGCGGUGGAGAUGUUGCGCGCAAUUAUCCAGCUCCCUGUCGACUACGCUCUGAGCAGAAUUCGUGGGGCUGGAGCGGCGGCGAAGGAAGUGCUGGAUGUCGCAGUAUCACGUCAUCAAAUCAACGUCAACAACUUCAUCUCCCAGAGCAUAAGCCGUCGGAAGAUUCCGAGCAUCAUCAUCGAUGAUGCAAACCUUGCACUGCCUGGAAUUACGGGAGAAGAUGGAAGCGCUGCGGCUAAAUCAGCUCCACAAGCCAUCACAAAGUGGACAAAACAGACAGGCCAAGCAAGUGUGAUGAUGAUAUCUUCAGAGUUUGGCUAUCCGUUUCGUCUGCUAGCAAACGGCUUAGCCUUGAGCACCAUUGGCAGGGUGAUUGUGAUUGGCGAGGUGCCGAAGUAUGACAUGCUGAAGAUGCUGCAGGAAGAUUGGGGCAUGGACGCAGACUUGGCAAACAUAUUCUACAAGUAUUUUGGCGGUGACAUCUACACCACCAAGCAGGCUCUCGACAUGCUCAUGGACAAGAAAGAUAAGUUCAACCCAUUUGCAGUUGUGGAUUGCCCUGGCUUACCAUCCUGUGUAGAAGAUCCGGAGGCGAUGGCGCACCUCGAGAACAUGGCGAAACAAGGCUUUUCGCCCGUGCGAAAUGUCAAGACAGACAAGGGUGCGAGGAUGAUAGCGGAGGAGAAUGUCGGGGGUGUGAUUAAGGAGGGUGCCAUCACCUUCGGUUUGCCCGACAUCUUCACAAACACGUCCUGUGAGUGGGCAGUCAUUCCGUCUUCCUACCACAUGCGCCUCAAGAUUGCCGACAAGCUCAAGAACAUCUUUCCAUCAGGCACUGAUGCCACAGCACCUCGAGCUGUUUGGGUCCGUCAGCUCAGCAAGCCCCGCAAGGACUACAACUUUGAUGCAAGCGUUGCAUUCAUGUCCCUGUUCAAGGACGGCGAGGAGUUGGAGUUGAUUGGCAACGCGUUCAAAAUUACUGCAAGUGUUGUAGAUGUGGAUGACCUCAAAGAAGCAAUUGAGAAGAAGGAGAAGCUGACCAUUGCAGCAUCCAAGAUUGAUGUAUACCGCCAGAAGGACGGGGGCUGGGUGAAAGAAGAGAAGAUGUCAGCAAGUCUUCGUGAUACAGAUGAGGCAGAUUGCUAUGGCUUCGUGCUACCAUCAGCUGGAGUUGCGUCAGCGUAGGCCAAGCAGGCACGCAUUGUUUCACCUCGUACAUUAAAGCGGGCACAGUCGCUUCGUUGCAGUGUGACUUCGCUUGACUUGAAGUGUUAGGAAGGCCCAUGCUCACAUUUUUGAACAUCCAGCUGUGGUGUUCAAGUCAAGCAGGGAAUGCGUGCAACGGGUACAGGACCAGCCACAGUUGCCGGCGCUGGUCAACAGCCAGGCACUUGUUGUGCCUGCACAGGUGCAAUACCAAUCAAUUUGAAGACGUGUGGAGG